UUUCCUGUGCUGGAGGUCAGCUGCUGCCGUCCCUCGCGCCGCCCGGUCCCGCUCUGCCCGUGCCGGAGGGUCCCCGUCGCCGCCCGGCUCGCUGCUCUCGGCGCGGGUUUACAUAGUGAUGUGUAAACUACAGGAUGCCCAGCAGCACCGGGAAGAGGUUUAAACCUACUAAAUACAUCCCUGUCUCCACGGCGGCUGCCUUGUUAGUGGGUUCGACUACUUUAUUUUUUGUUUUCACGUGCCCCUGGUUGACAAAAGCCAUCUCCCCAGCCAUCCCAUUGUACCAUGGGCUCGUGUUCUUGUUUGUACUCGCAAACUUCAGCAUGGCAACUUUCAUGGACCCUGGAGUUUUCCCACGAGCAGAUGAAGAUGAAGAUAAAGAUGACGACUUCCGAGCUCCACUCUACAAGAACGUGGAGAUUAAAGGAAUCCAAGUACGGAUGAAAUGGUGUGCCACCUGCCACUUCUACCGUCCUCCACGCUGCUCGCACUGCAGUGUCUGUGACAACUGUGUUGAGGAUUUUGACCAUCACUGCCCAUGGGUCAACAAUUGCAUAGGACGGAGGAACUACCGCUAUUUUUUUCUCUUCUUGCUGUCCUUAAGUACGCACAUGGUUGGAGUAUUCACCUUUGGGCUCAUCUUUGUUUUAAAUCAUAUGGAAAAGCUGGGAGCAGCUCAUACCACCAUUACAAUGGCUGUCAUGUGUGUGGCUGGGUUAUUCUUCAUUCCAGUCAUUGGUCUUACUGGCUUCCAUAUUGUUCUGGUGGCCCGAGGGCGCACAACGAAUGAACAGGUGACAGGUAAAUUCCGUGGGGGAGUGAAUCCUUUUACCCGAGGAUGCUGCGGAAACGUGGAACAUGUGCUCUGCAGCCCCUUGGCUCCGAGGUACAUAGUCGAACCCAAGAAAAAGCAAGCUGUGAGUGUGAAGCCUCCUUUCCUCAGGCCCGAUUUAUCUGAGCGACAGAUCAUGGUGAAGAUCAGUGACAAUGGAAUCCAAGCCAACCUCAACCGGAGCAAGUCUAAAAUUAGCCUGGAAGGUCUGGAGGAUAAAAAUAUGGAUGUGCAACCACCUCUCCCAUCCAAAGGAGAUCCGAGCAAGUACUCCGAGUUGAAAGGGCAGCUGGGGACCGAUGAAGAAGGCGGCCUUUCCCCCAAGCUGAUCAGCCCUCCUACACCUGCAAUGUACAAGUAUCGACCGGCUUUCAGCAGCAAUCCCAAAGUCCACUACCACGCUACGGCUGAGCAGAUCACCAUGCAGGAGGGACACAGCCAAGGGGCUCUGAUAGAAGAGGAUGGCAGGAGCCUUGAUUACCAGUCCGAACCCAGCUUGGACAUGCCCACCUAUCGGAAGAGCUCCCUCCACAAGACCUAUCAGUCUUCCCCACUUCAGAUAGAUUCCUUUGCCGUCAAUUCACGAUCGCUGAGCCUGAAAUCUGCUGGCAGGAGAGGAACAGACAAAGUGCCCCUUCAUCCAAUAAAGUCUGAGGGGGCGGCUUCCACCCCUUACAAAAGCAUCUUUUCUCCCAAUUCCCUGUCAAACAGAAAUGGGAGUCUUUCCUAUGACAGUUUGCUAAACCCCAUGUCACCCUCGGGGAGGAAGUGCAUCGCCCAUUCUGCGGUCAGCUCCGUUGGGUACCACUCCCCCUAUUUAUCAGCCAAAAUGUGCCAUCUACGGGGCAGCGAGUUGCAACGCCAACCACCACAGAGCUUCAGCCCAGUGCUGGGGGGUCCAGCGCCACAUCAGCGGGACCCCUCCCCAGUCCGCUAUGAUAACCUUUCCAAAACCAUUAUGGCAUCCAUCCAGGAGAGGAAAGAGAUGGAAGAGAGGGAGAAGCUUCUCCACUCGCACCCUGAUUCGGUGUUUGCAGACUCAGGUGUCUAUGACACCCCUAGCUCUUACAGCCUGCAGCAAGUCAGCACACUCUCGGAAGACCCUCGCAGUGUGGCAAUGAGAUACGGAUCUAGAGACAAUCUAAUGGCUGCUACCAGUUUUAGCACAAGGAACCCUAUACUGCAGUCUCAGUGUCGUUCACUCUCAAGUGCAAUGACAAGAGCACACAAGGACUUCCACAACCUCUUGCAAGCUGACUUAGCCAAUAACAAUGUCCAGUCCCAUCAAGCACUACAGGGCAGGGUGAGCAAUGGCUCCUACAAAUCCCCAGGCCACCAGGUCCCAUCUUCUCCCACGGGGAUGCCUAGGUCGCCCUCUUAUGGAGGCCCGAAGGCAGUCUCGUUUGUGAACACUGUGGAGAUUACAGAGGUGCAAUCAGUGGGAGCACAGAGGGAUGACAUGCAGUUGAAGACACCUCACAGUAAAAUAAAUGGACAGCCAAAAGGAAUAUCCAGGUUGGGUUCAACAUCAAGUUCCCAGGGGACGCCUGUCAGCCCCGUUAGACACUCAAAUGUUAAGAAGGUGUCUGGAGUUGGUGGAACAACCUAUGAAAUUUCAGUGUAGGAUAAAAUUAAUAAAAAAUAAAGAGCCAUCCACUCAGCCAGCCAUGAAGCUAGGAGCACUGUGAAGACUCAAAUAACAAGAAAGAAGGAGCAGCAGCAGCUGGCCACUCUACUUUUCAUGUUUUGGGUUUGUUCUGCUUUCAUCUUUCUCUUUUGGCCAAAAAACAGCUGCAGCCUUAUUCAUGAGGGAAUUGUACAGUUCAUCAGACUUUUCCUGAACUGAUGGGCAGGACCUGGCUGUGACCUACCACCACAACUACAAAGCGGUUUUCUUUCAUGCAAGAGAGCUCUAAAGCCAUUGUGCUUGAGUCUGUACAACAAACCUGUUGUGUACCAGUUGUGCUGUGAAAAAGUAUGCUCAGUCCAGGAUCAUUCGGUUUUCCCCAUGCCCUUUCCCAGUUUUUCUGGCCAGCGAUGUGUCCAGCAGGAGUCAGAGGCCCAACUGCUGUUUUCCUACUGACAUGGGAAGCAGGCUCUGGGGCGAUCUGCUUGUGCAAGAACUGCUCUGUGUCAUGCAGGCGUUGGGGUUGUGUUCCUCCUCCUGGGAAGGAGCAAGGCAAGGGCACUUGGGCCACAAAUGCCGUGUCGUCUUUAAAAGCCUCCCUGGCCCUGGAUGGGAGCAGGAGAAGGGAAUGCAACAGCUUCUCACUGUCUGCCAUUCGACUCCCUGUGUGAAAUUGUAUGUAUGCGCGCGUGUGUUCGUCUCUCAUGGAAAAGGACCGCAACACCAGUAAGGAUCUUCCACUCCGACUUCUUGCUCCCUCUGGUUUAUAAAGGCUUCUCUGACUCGGAAACAAAACCAAGCAGAUAAGAAAGGAAAUAUUUGGAUGGGAGCAUAUUUUAAACAGCUGUCAGCUGCUUUACCUGCACCCUCCUUAUUAACUGUUGGAUUUCGACAAUAACAUGGUUUACUGCCUUGCCCUGGUGCCGUCUGUGUAAUCCUGCAGCAAGGUUAUCGUGAUCUGUUGAAUUCACGGUGUGUGUAACUGAGCCAAGUGUACAUCUAAAGGAUAUAAAUUAUCUGUCUGCCUAAUUACUAGCACAUUCCCUCUGGUCUUCAAUACUGUUAAGACUAAAGAAUUUCCAUUUGGGUUUUUUUCCCCCUGGGGAACAACUUUUUAAAAUAUUAUCAAUCAAUCAGUUUAACAUUCUGAGGCUUCCUUUUCCUGUCUCCAGAAAACUACAUUUACUUUGUUGGAUUUCAAGACAACUCUACUAUUAAAACCAAGAAAAGGGUGCAUUACUUCUGUCACAGAUAUGAGGACUCUGGCAAAACAAAUUUUGGGACAAACGGAUUUAUUUUUUUUUCUUUUCUCCAUUCCUUUUCUCCUUUUCCUUCCCUUUCAGUUACCACCUCACAAGUCAAAAGUCUGGAACAAUGCUAACUAGCAAGAUCAUGUGUGCUGUUAAGAAUAUCCUGAGCAACUGUUGCCAAAGUCCCUAAAAAUGAUUAUUUGUCAUUGAGCCGGUCAGCAUAUGAAACCUCAACUUCCCACCUGAUUCUUCUGGUGAAUAGUUUUAACUAGAGAGCUAAAUUCAUCAUUUUUCAGGAUAUUUCUUUGGAGAAGUUGAAUCCUUUUCAGGCCUUGAUAUAAUGGAGAGCCCUCCAGAUAUUUGGUAGCAAUUCAGAAUGUGUUAAUAACAGCUUACUUGUUUUCACCUAUGUUGAGAUUAAUUAUUCCAGAAGGCAAAUGUUAAUCUUACUUUUGCCUGUUUAAAAUUUAUCUUUUGAUUUGAUAAAUCUUGGCAUCUGCAGCAAUACAUGCUUAUUGCGUCCCUUGUAUAUCACAUCAUUUUUUGUAAAGGAAGGUUGAAGGGAACAUAAGAAAGUUAAUCAUCUCUUUGUAGUGCUCUGUGUUGUGCAAAGGGAGGAACCUGGAAAGCAAUGCAGCUGCAAUAGGCCAAAGUUAGGAGAGAGCAAACUAGAAAUCAGUGGGCAUUUCAUUGCCUUGGUGAUACUUUAAAUGCCUGCUGUAGGGAGCAGAGAAGCAAUAGUCUUUCUAUGCAGAUUUGCUCACUGGCAUGUAGAAUAUUGUCUCUGGCACCACGGAACCAGAAAGACGCUGGCAAACUGGAUCGGGUACAGAUGGAGCAAUAUUUAUUGAAAGACUGGACAGACAGGCUGAUGAGAAAAUUUAAAGGGCUAAAAUCAUGUCUCUGGCUAAGCAAUGGUGUGGAAAUGCAGUAUCAUAACUUUACAAAUACUUUAGUUAGAAGAUGUAAAACCAAAGGUAAAUCAAAGGAUCAUCACUGGUAACCAAUGGUCUCUAUUAAGACGAGAGCAGAAAAGAUGGAGGGGAAGAAUCAGUGGAAUAGUCUUCCAAGGCAGAGUGUAGGAGACUUAACUAGUUGGGACAGGCAAACUGGAUUUGGACAAGUCAUCCAAAAAAUGGGUGUAUGAGGUGAGCCUGCAGGGGCAAGGGGUUAGACCAGAUGGCCUUACGGAUUUCUUCCAUCUUUAACUGUUAUUAAUCUGCAGUCUUCCCUGACUUUAACUCCUCAGGAAGAUGCAGUACUUCCUUAAGGACUGGAAUUCACUCUAGUGCAUAGAGUAUCAAAAGACUUACUUGUUUUUAAAGUAUCGUGUAUGCCAUAUGCAAGCCCUGAAAAAGAAGGGGUACGUGACACACUGAAUUUGGGCUGGAGAGCUGGACAAGGGCACAUUUUAUCAUGUAUCUUUGAAUAUGUACAUGAAAUUCAUGCAAGCGAGGCUGAAAAUUUGCACCAAUGUAAUAUUUGAGAUUUGCAUCCCAGUGAUGCUCCACUUUGAUUGCUUUCUCCUGCAUUUAUAAACAUGAAAGCUACUGAGGAACUUGAAGGGCCAAAGAGCCUUUGAAGUUAACUACAUUAGUUCAUGAGAGAAUUUCUCAGUAAGACUAAACACAAUAUUGUGUGUAUAAAGCACUAAUAACCAGGGUUAUUUUGACAUAGUUCACAAGGGGUAGGGGAGGAAAGAAUGAAUGCACUGUGUCAUUACAGGUUCAGAUGUAAGGACUAUGUAUAUUACGAUAGCGUAGCCCACAGCUGAGAGAUAUUCAACUUGUUACUAGGUUUACAAUGGUACCAAAGUUUUUUUGGUUUUUUUUUUUUCUUUCCUUUUGAGGUUUGCAUAUAAUUCAGUGCACAUAGCCUGGAGUAAGUUAUUCAAAUCUUCUGAAAGAAUAAUCCAAGCAGAACUGUUAACAGGAGAUUGCAUGCAGCAAAUCCAGCCUCAUUUCCAUCUAAGGCACUGAACCUGCAGCUAUUUUCUCAUAAAUGUAAGUGUCUGUUUCCAUAGCUCCUGUUACGGGACUGGGGACCUAUUUAGUAAGUCUAAUUUUGGAGCAGAAUCCAGCCCAUGUUAUAGUUCUUCAAGCGGUUUACAGAUGAGCAGUAAGGUUCUUCUGCCCAGAUAGUCUCAGUUUUUACAGCCAAAUCUUCAGCUGGUGUAAACUCGUGUGGCUCCAUCAAAGUUCAUUUAAGUGAUGCUAAUUUACAGUAGGUGGGGAUCAGCCGUGAAAAUCCAGCACUAGUUAACACAUCUUGUAAAGUAGCUUCUUUAUUUUUGUCAUGUGUAUUUCAUGUUUCAGAAGUUUUAAAUCUCUUCAAUGUGUUUUUAGCUGUGGAUUGUAUUACUUAUUUAAAAAACAGCAAUAGUUUUUGUUUAGUUUGUGCAUCAAUUUUCAUUGCAUAUUGCAUUUUAUUAGCUGUUCGUUCCUUGUUCAUGCACUCCCAUUUAGCUUCCAGGUUUUCAUUGUAGUACAAUCUGCCUUGAAAAGUUGGAUCUCUGUAUCUUUAGUUGUAUAAUAUAUGGAGUAUUAUGAAAUUAAAUGUAUCUUACUACAUGGGUGGGAGAGAGAGGACAAAUUUUUACUUGAAGCCUUAAUAUUUUCUUUUUUUUACUACUUUGUUUGUUGACCUCAUAGGAAAGUUGGAAUAGCAAACACCUUGAAACACUGGGCCAAAUACUGCACUGAUGUACAACCAGCAUUUGGCCCCCUGUGUCAAAACUGGAUGCAGACAUAACCUGAAGUGAACAAGGGAAAAAGCCUUAGUGUGGCAAAUUUUCCUGAAGAUCAUUAAUACAGUUUCAAAAUGUGUCUGUAAGCAAGUACAUUAAAGAAGUCUUCAAGUCUUUAAUUUUUAGGAAAGGUGAUAGCAGGAACUGCCGUAGGAUCUUACGUUUGUGUUUUCUUUUUAAAUUAAAUAAAACAAAACAAAUGUAAGUACUUAAUUUGGUUAAAGUCAGCUCUAGGGGUUGCACAGAGCUAUGUGUUCAUAGCCACGUGCAGCAAAUGAGCUGUGUUGUGUUGCUGUUCUCAAAUUGCUAACCAAGCAUAAUAUUAUGUCGGCUUGGCCUAAGAUAAUCACCUCGUGGGCGUUACGGUGGAUGUUCCUCAGACAAUGCCUAUUCUCCUAUAAGCCUAAUGUGGAGAUUGCAAUGUGGUUUUCUUUGGGCUAUAUCUGUAGUCCAGACUAGAGAUAUAGAUAUAUAUAUAUAGAUAUAUAUUCAAUAUUUUUUUGUGUGUGGGAAAGAUGAGGUCAAAGUUGCUGUCUUUGACAGUCUGGGAAGUUAAUGUCGAACCGUUUUUAUGGUCUGUAUUUCACCUGUUCUGCCACGUUGAAUUGUUGGAAUGUAUCUGUGCAGGCUUUGUGGAGCUCUGUCUGUAACCUUUUUUGUGGCUCUCGUAAUACAUAUAUAUUUUUUAAAUCUCUGAGUCACUCCAGUAUUUUCAAAUGUCCUGUUUUCCCUGAUGAGUUACACCUUGGAUACAUUCGUUUGACGAGAUGGUUGAUGGUGCGCUGCCUUUUCUCAUUUCUACUUGUGCAAAGCGUGAACUGAAACAGCAGAACUGGAAAGGCCAGUUCCAGUGAAAAAUCUGCAGGUGACAAAAUAUUACAAGUUAAACUCAUUUUCAAGGUGCUUACGGUAGAGUAGCAAAUGCGCUGAGUUGUCAGAAGUGUCUCCUAGUUGUGACCAAUGCAUCAUGCUCGGGAGGCCACAGCAAGUGGUCCAUAAAAACAACAUUAAAUGCAGUUUUCUGUACUGUUUUUUACAGAAGUUUUGGGGUUUAUAGGGGUCCUGUGGUGCAGCCCAAUUGUGAAUCAUUGCUACAGAGUAACUGUGGAAAAAUGUUAUAUUGGUAUUUGUUGAAAUGUUCUAGCCAGGGUAUCUGGAUUUAUGCAUCCCAGUGUUGCACAAUUUUUAAUCUAUCUUCAUCUGUCUCUUUCUGUCUUUGAAAAUAUGUCCAUUUGAUCUGUAAGAACGGGCUUUAACACACAUUGCCAAACCCUCCUAACAGCAGCUGCUGCAGGCUUUCUGAUGCCAUAAUUUACAUAUGUGGGCUAAUUACAUUAAGCAAGGAUCCAUUCAAGCAUGUUCAUUAUAAAUGCCAGUGAUAUUUGUGUGCUGUCAUGCCUUAACCUGGCAGAAAUUGCCUUAUAUACAAGAUUGCUAGGCUCCAUUGAUGUUGGCUACAUCAAACAGAAUUAUAGAACCUUGUGAUCUGAUUUAAUAUCUUUUAUUUAAAGACAUCUUGGCUUAUAGCAACUUUGGCUUUCGUCUCUCUAAGUAAUGGAUAAAUCAUCCAAGUUUGUAUUCAUUUCUCCAUUAUUGUUUCUUUUUAUUCUGCAGGGCAAGUUUCAGUUCACAUUUUGGAACAUAAUGAGGAGAGACAAAGGAAACUAUUUAUACAGGGAUGCAGAACUCAUGGCUCUAGCUAGAUACGGAACAGGGACUUUUGCAAAGCUUCAGACAGCGGAUCUUAUCUAGAAAAGUGGCUUCUGUAGAAGAGACACUCAUCUACUAACUACGUGAACCACUAGCUCUUAUCAACCUCAAAAAGAAGAAUGAAGAAACUGGGGAAGAGGAACUUGCCUCACGGUUAGAUCACUGCAAAGCAAAAGCCACCAGGCACAUAUUCCUUAUCCGUCAUUCUCAGUAUAAUUUGGA